GCCUGCCCAAGAUGGCGCCUGCGCUGAGGCCGUCGUCAAGGGAGGUGUUACUGUAGAAAUCAACAGCGACAGAACCUCUUCGCUCUGGUUUCUGUUGAAGGCCGGCAGACUCCGGCGAAUGAAUGAUUGGGCAGUGGGGCUUGCUGAUAAACGAUGGCUUUGCGAGAACUCAAAGUUUGUCUUCUCGGGGACACUGGUGUUGGAAAAUCAAGUAUUGUGUGGAGAUUUGUGGAAGACAGCUUUGACCCCAAUAUUAAUCCAACAAUAGGAGCUUCCUUCAUGACAAAAACAGUACAACACCAAAGUGAGCUUCACAAAUUCCUCAUCUGGGACACUGCGGGACAGGAGAGAUUUCGAGCUUUGGCACCAAUGUAUUACCGAGGGUCUGCUGCUGCAAUCAUUGUAUAUGACAUCACCAAAGAGGAAUCUUUCCAGACAUUGAAAAAUUGGGUGAAAGAACUGCGGCAACAUGGACCACCAAAUAUUGUUGUUGCGAUUGCAGGGAACAAAUGUGAUCUAACUGAUGCCAGGGAAGUUUCUGAAAGGGAUGCCAAGGACUACGCUGACUCCAUUCAUGCUAUAUUUGUGGAAACCAGUGCCAAAAAUGCAAUUAACAUUAAUGAACUUUUCUUAGAAAUAAGUCAGAGGAUUCCAUCAAUGGACAGCAGUGGGGUCAGCGCAGGCAAGGGCUUCAAACUACGUAGACAACCUUCAGAAACUAGACGUAGCUGUUGUUGAUGAACUCCCCUGAUAUAUAGACAUCUGGAUGCAUGCUCCUACUUUGACAGUCAGUACCUGGUCCUGAACAACAUCUUCUCCAGUAACUCAUGCUGCUGUCUGUAUGUGGGCAGCUCAUUGUUUUUGAGUCCACGCAUUUGGAUGGCUGACUAGAUGGCACACUUUUUUGUGCUGAAGGCGGUCAAUGAAGCAUGAAUUGACUUUUCAGAUUUAUGACUGACAGAAUUGUGCCAUGCCUGUAUUUCUAACAUGACUUACCUCGCUUUCUGCUAAGCAAGGUGCUUCUUGAAAAGCCACCCCAAACUUAAAAAACUGGACCAAUUCAAUGAGCGACGGCAAUCUUUUUUUCCACUCACCUGUGUGUACCCCCAAAAUGAUAAUGGGUAGCAAUGGCAGCUGAUAUAGAAAUCAUAUCAGUAAUGUGGAAGAUACAGGGUAGUUAACAGGAACGAUUAGGUGACUUUUCAGACAUUCCACAAAGAAACGAGAGGCAGUUUGCAUUUACGUGUUUGUAAUCAGAUUCUGUUAACUACGCAGAAAUGCUAAUUUCCAACACAAUGAAGUAGUAUUUUUUUUUUUUAUAUAUAUAUAUAAAACGUCUUUCAGAUUCAUUAGCCCAGUCAGUGCUAUUGUUCACUGGGCCAUCUGAGAGAUGCUCAUUGUUUUCAUAUAUCUUUGUUUUUUGUUUGUUUUAUAUUAUGCUUCAUUUUCAGUUCACAGUUCACCAGGUCCUUUCUCAAAGGGGUGAACAGAGAGAUCUAGAACAACGGCUACCCUUAUGUGUCUAUUAACCCUCUGGUUGCUUCUAGCGGUCUAGGAGCCUGCCCUGUAACUAAUUCAGUACUUAGAGGUCCUCAUGCUGCAAUCAUUCCAAGACCCUACAACGCCUGUGGCCUUCUUUUUUUAAUGCCAAGGCUGCUGCGCAUGUGCCAUUCUUUUAAAUUACCCCAUAAACAUUGAAAUAAUAAAAAUCAGUUGCUUUUACACAUAAUUUAAAUAUUUUCACAUCCUGGCAAUCGAUGAAAGAAAUGUUCUGAAAUAUGGGACACGAAGUAUAGUGGGCUUAAAAGGCAUUUCCCUUCUGCCUGUAAAUUGACAGGUUUGUGUUGGCUUACUUUGUUGUUGAGAAGGUGCAAUUAAAAUUUGCCACUUUCUUUAAAUAAAAAAAAA